UAGUGGCGGGAGAGUAAACACCAGCAGUCAUCGUUAUAUAAAGAAAGCUUUGGUAAUCAACAUGAGGUGUCUGUGUAGUGACGUCAUCAUAAGUAAACGGUGGCACUAUCAUAAAGUCACACAUUUCUCUUAUGACACUACAGGGGAGACAUGUCGAGUCGACACGGAAGAGAAAUACUUCUGGUUUUGCUUUCAGUUUAACAGUGGAUUAGUUGCACUUCUACAUCGUUAAGUUGAAUUUUCAGGCCCUACAUAAUUUCAGUCAUCUCAUCCUCGCUCAUCUGUCAUUUCUGGAUAUCCAUGGUUUCAGUUUAAUCAUGAAUGUUUGUUAACAGUUUCGAGGAAAUCCAAGGUCGAGAUGUAACUUUCAUACCAGUUAGCUGGGAAUCUGAGGUGUGCCAGGAGUGCAGAUUGCCAGUGAUGAUGACAUACUACCAGACUUAGGAGAGGAAUAGCUGAUGUGUGAUUGGUAUUGUACAACAUGAAUGAUUCCAGCAAGGAUCUGUUUGCAAACUCUCCUCUCCGUGGCGGUGGAGAACCAGAGCGAUCGUCUCUGAAGAGGAAACCGUCAUCACUGGUGUCCCAGAACAGAAACGGUUCUGGGGACUUCCUGGACAUGAGCAUUGAGGACAGUGGAAGGGUUAAGAAACUUAAACUUGAUCAUGCAAAUCCUUACUCUAGUUGCUGUCUCUCUAAUUCUGACAUAAAUGGAGGCAUAUGCAGUGGUAGCGACCUGACUAAUGAUAGACUUCAUACUACAGAUGAAGAGUCCACAUUGAGUUAUGAUUGUGAUAAGACAGACCUUGAAAAUGAAAAAAAUGAGUCAAAGGAUAGUUUUUCUUUUAAUCAAUACACAUCCACUCUGAAGCCAAUGGAUUUGGAAAACAAAGAUGUUGAAGAUGAUGAUGUAACUACCAGUGGUGAAGCUGUAGGCAGAUUAUCUCCCACACUAAGGCAGAGCUUGGACUUGUAUGAGCUGAAUGGCCAAAAUGACUCGGAUAAAAGAGAGGAGGGAACAGAAGAGCUAUCUCCCACUUUGGAGACCUCGUUUGAUUUCAUUGAGAGUCCAGACAGCCCAGAUUGGCUGCAGGAUGGAUAUUACGAGAGAAAAAUACACGAGCAUGCUAGUCAAAGAGAGGCUCUGGAUUCAUCGGGGGCAGAAGUAAGUGUGUUUGAUAAAACUGUACCGUACGAUGCUGACAGCCUGACUCAGUAUGAUAAAGAUCAGGUGACCGUUAAUGCCAGACAGCACUGCGAAAACAGUGAUGAGAAUGCCAAUGUGUGUGAGAGAGAAAGAGAGGUUGUGCUAGCGGCUGAUGGAGUGUCUCAGGAUGAUGUGACCCGCUGUAAUGAUAAUGUAACUCAUAAUCAUGCUGUGAUGACUUGUAAUCAUGCUGAUGUGGCGACUUGUAAUCAUGCUGCUGUGGCAAACGAAGGUAGCGGUGAUCAAUUAGCUGACCGUUCUGUAAAUGUCAUAAAUCCCUGUGAGACUUCAGAAGGAACUGUUAGUAAUGUGAUCAAGACUACAGACUUAAACAAUAAAGACAAUGUUGUUAGUAUUACUGAUGAGUCUGAUGAACAUCCUGUUAAAGAUAUUCCGGCGACUAGCCCCCAUCCAAUUCCAUGUACUAGUCCCCAUCAAAUUCCGUCUACUAGUCCCCAUCAAAUUCCGGCGACUAGCCCCCAUCAAAUUCCGUCAACUAGUCCCCAUCAAAUUCCGUCUACUGGUCCCCACCAAAUUCCGUCUACUGGUCCCCAUCAAAUUCCGUCUACUGGUCCCCAUCAAAUUCCGUCUACUGGUCCCCACCAAAUUCCGUCUACUGGUCCCCUUCACAACAGUACUGCUGCGAUUGACCUUACUGACUCAACUCCUAUAAUGGCUGGAAAGGAUUUACCCGGCAGCCCAUCUUCUGACAGAAUUAUUGUCAUCAGUGAUGAGGGUACGCCAGAAUCUGUUCUUAAUAGUCCAGGGCACGGUAACAUUGAAGCAUCCAAGAAGCAGAGGGACAUUGUUGCCCUAUCAUCUGUUAAUGAAACUUCUGGUAGUUCUCGUCAACACAGCCGUGGUUUGACUGCAGAUCGUGCACAGCCUGUGGUAGUGAGUUCUGGCAGCAGUCCACACGCUGGUAGUCCUGGUCACUCAACAGUUCCAGCCCUCAUUCAGAAAGACUCAGUAGAGCAGGAUGCUAACACAAUAACCAACAUCAUUGGGGAGGUAGACAUAGAAAAGGUGCUAAAACGACUCCGACAGAAAAGAACUGACCCGCACCGUGUGGAUGUGGUGCUGAACGAGGUGUUAGAGGGACAGAUACAAAGUGCGAUAAACAAGACGGAAGCAGCGGUGAUCGAGCAUGAACAGUGGGGUACAGAGGGACAGAUGACCCCCUCAUGGACGAUGUUCAGGAGGUGGUCAGACAGGUGCCAGAGGUGGACCCCAAACAGAGUGUUUUACCUUUUGUUAGAAUCCACCAGCCAUCCUGAAGACAGAGUGCAGACCGUUGUGGCACAGCUGAGGGGUCACCCCGCGGUCCUCAAUACUGAAGAUGUGAUCCUGGUCACUGACCACCGUGCCCCUAUGCCUCCACCUCUGAGGAGUUCCCUUUCAGACCCCACAGACCCCAUUUUGGUUGGCGAUAAGCUUUACUCAGACAUGAGGACCAUUGCAAAGAUUUUCCCCAAUAAGGACCGCAAUGAGAUCUACGCAUAUCUAGAGGCCCAUCAUGAUCAGUCUAACAGAGUACAGCUUGUAAUGGAUGAGUUGCUGGCGAUGGGGGUGGAGUCACAAACACCACCUUUCACUCAAGAGGUAGAGGUGACAGAUGACCAAUCAAUGAUGGAUAGUGCUACCCCUGCUCAAACGCAAUCCACCAAUCCACAGUUGGAUCUCGAGAGAGAUGUGGAUCACCUUUGUAUGGUGUUCCCUGACUGUGACCCCAAUUACAUCUACACCAGGCUGGAGCAAACGCAAGACUUACCGGACAGGACACAAAGGCUGGCAGCGCAAAUGUUUGAAUUCAAAACCUACCCAAAAACUCAAGGAUGUGCAGGAGAAAAAUUCCAAGAAAGCUUUAAAGAAAAACUUAUCAAUAUGACAUUAAACAUGACAGAGUUUCUGACGAUGUUUCCAGACCCAGUGGAUGUGUUCCUUGAUGAAGACAAAGCUGUCAGUGAAAAUUAUAAAAAACACGCAGUAACAGAGCUGGUUAACUGGUUUCCCGAUGUUAACAGAACCAUUCAUCAAGAAUCUGGAGAAAAGAAAAAACCAUUUCACUCCUAUUCCAGAAAGUCCCUUAAACAACCUCGUCUGAUUGAAAGAGACUUCCCAGAGCAGCCUGAUGAGUUCUUCUUCAAGGAACUUCUUUUCUCCAGACAUGAGGAGGGGAUCAAAGCCCAUAUUGAUGAGCGGCGUCGUCUGAGCGCUCGGUUGGAGGAGGCCAAGAGAGAUGGAAGUCUGAUGGAAUGUGGCUGCUGUUUUGAUGACGAGUGUAUAUUUGAGGACAUGGCCGCGUGCACAGAUGGACACCUUUUCUGUAAGGAGUGCAUCAGGAGGUCAUCUGAAGUCCGGAUAGGAGAAAACAAGUUUGACUUCCCCUGUCUGAUGGACUCCUGUGACCACAAAUUUCCUGUUCAUACGUUACAGUCUGUUCUACCUCACAAUGUGUUUUCUAACGUGCUCAGGAAAAUGCAGGAAGAGGAGAUACGACAGGCGGACAUACCCGAUCUAGUUAGUUGUCCGUUCUGUAGCUUUGCCACAAAUGCAGACCCAAAUGACAAAGUCUUCAAGUGUCUAAACCCGGAGUGUUUGAAAGAGUCCUGCAGACUCUGCAAGGAACCAAACCAUAUCCCUCUUCGGUGUGAGGAGGUAGAAAAGGGUAAGGAGACGUCUAUGCGUACAUUUAUUGAGAAUCGUAUCACUGAGGGCAAUGCUGAGGACAUGCGGGAAAUGCAAGAAGAAGUUUUUCAAACUGACGGCUGUAACAAAAUGACCUGCACUUGUGGAGCCACCAUGUGUUACGUCUGCCGAGCUCCCGACAUUGACUAUAGCCACUUCAAUGGGCAGAACGGGUGUGCUGCCCACACAGACAUGAAUGAGCUGCACAGACAGGAGAUGGAGAAAGCAGCCAUGGAGGCCAAGACUAAAUACCAGCAGGAGAAUCCAGAGGCAUCAGGUUUUCACCUGAAAAAUGACCCAAUGAAACUUAUCGAGGAAAUGCGUCAAGAAAGAGAGAGAGAGCAGGCACAGCGAGUAUGGAAUCCAUUUGGGAUUGGAUUUAACCCACCUGGCAUACCAGGUGUAAUGUUUCCACCUAACUGGUUAGCUGAUGCUGAUGACAAUGGUGAGGACUACAGUGAUGACGAGGAUUGGAGCGAUGAGGAGAGAGGUGACCAGGGGCAGAGUAGCUGGGAGGAGGAGGUAACCGAUGAGAGCCAGGACUAUGUAUAUCUGUGGUGACUGAUUUUGAGACGAUCAGUUGAUGUCAGUGUAAUGGAAAGAUGGGAGUGAUGAGACGCAGCUGAGCAUCCGGGAAGAAGGGGAGGUAACUGAUGGUGAUCAGGACUACACAUCUCUGUGGUGACUCUUAUAUCAGGGCUGUCAGUGUGUGAGUUAUAGUGGAUCUUCAUGGAGCUUGUACAGCUGUGUUACCAAGUCUGUGUAAAUGGCUUGUUAGACAAUCAUGGCACACUACUGCAGUGGUAAUGAUGAACAAAUAUGUGUUUGCAACAAACUCGAUAUGUGUUAGUAGCAGGCUAGAUUUGUGGUAGUUUUACAUAUUAAUGUAUGGCAUCAAGGAUCAUUGUAUUGUAUCACAACUGAAUAAGGCUUCUAUGAUUUUGCCACAUUGAAUCCAAGUAUCUGCCACACUGGAUAUGCCUUUGUGCCACACCAGAAUAAGAUUUGUGCCACCCCUGGUCCAAGAUUUUUUAGAGCGCAGUGAACAUUCAAAAAACCAUCACAUCUAUGUUUAGUCACUUUAUAAUGAGAUAUAUGUUGCUAUGGGUUAUUUGGUAACUACACUGUAUGUACAUGUGUGUGGGGUUAUAUUAUGUGUAGGAAUUCCAUUCUGCAAAAUCCAUUAGUUUUCAGUUGUGAGAUGCAUCUUUUGGGUUAGUCUGAGAGUACUACCAUGGGCAGUAUGAAGUAAAAAUGACUGGCAUUUCAUAUUAAAAAGUAUGAAAUAAUAAAAAGUAAACUUGUAGAGGGAAGUGAAAGUAUGGCCAUUGAGACAUUAAUGUACAAACAGAGCGAGUGCAAGGCUGCAUGCUACAGUGUCCGUACGUGUAGGUAUGUAAGACUAUUAGAUGCAGCAGUCUAUUUCAUACUAUGAGAAUUAUUUCAGUCAUUUUUUUUGGCAGAAAAAAAGUCACUAAGAAUGUAUUUUUGUGAAUUAAGAUUGUUUUAUCUUAACAGUGAAUUAAAUUGGAGGAUUAAUGAGAAACAUGUCCACCAACUGAUUGAAUGUGUUUCGAGACGAAACAUUCCUUUUAAUUAGUUAACCAAACUACACCCAAUUGGCUUCACUCACUCCUACCAAAGCUCAUCAUUUCUAACUUUUAAAUCUGUGUAUAUAUAACAUGAAGAAACAUAGCCUUCCCAUGUCACAU